AUGUUUUGCUCGAAGGACAUCAUAACAGUGGCCGUUUUCGCGGCUCUGCUUCAUCAAGUGCAAUGUGACACCCCUCAGAACGUGCAGCUAAUCAAUGGCCCCGUCGGAAUUGCUCCACAUCAGCAACUUUCGCUGGAAAAGCCGGCGUUUCCUGUCGCACUCACUCAACCUGCACAGCCGCACCUGCCUUCUCCGGCUCCUAUGGCUCCGAUGCCACAGGCAGCUGUGCCGCCUGUCAAUCCUCCAGUGAGAAUGAAUACUCAACCGGACAACUGCCUCAAGGUCUUGCCGCCAUGGAUUCAGCAGACUGCCAAAGCCGCUGCAGGAAUGACUGCGUUUCUUUCCUCGAUAGGAAUACCAAAUCUGCCAAUGGUUGAAGACUGCGGAAAAGCGCCGCAAUUGAGGGAAGUGAUGCUGUGUGUACAAAACAUAAUGGACGACACGAGGCAGAUUUUUGAUGCCGGAAAGGAAAUUGCAACUCUCAACGUCCGCGUUCUCUCGGGUGGCAGGCGUGCAGACAGGGCUCUUGCGCGGCUCAAAACACUAGUCUCAAGGCCCUUCUCUAAAAAAUUGAUGAAAGCUUUAGGCACGCCAAUGUCAGCUCUGUUUCUAAUGCAACGGGAGGCGACUCCCGAUAGACAGAGGUGGCUUGCUGGAUCGAUUUUGACUCUGGUGUCUGACCUGCCUGUUGCGACGGAUAUUGCUGACCCCGCUUCCGGUGGCUUUGGCCACGUCAACGUCGUUUUGCCAAGGCCCUCAAGAGUUCAUCGGAUCGAUCGUGCAAUGAAAGAACUUCAGCAGGGAAUGGAUCCAGGUGCCAUUACCAACGGUGGGUUGGGUGAAGGAAGCAUUGGUGACGGAGGCCUGUUCCACGAAAUUUAG